GGUAGCUGCCUCUGGUCAGUAGAGCCAGUAGUCGCUGACUGUCAGAGUAGUUGAGGUUCAGGUUCACCAUGUCCUCAGCAACUUCCAGCACCUCUUUGCCCAGUGGCCUGGCUGUCCUGACGACUUUCCCAGAUGUACUCUUCAUUCCUGAAAUUAUCUUUGGGGGUCUUGUCUGGAUCCUGGUGGCAUCCUCGAGGGUCCCAACACCUAUUCUGCAAGGCUGGGUGAUGUUUGUCUCUGUGUUCUGCUUCGUUAUGUCCAUCACCCUCCUGUUCCUCUACAUCUGCGGGGUGCACGGGGGCAGCAGCUCCUGGAUCAUUUUGGAUGUCAUCUGCCAGGAGAUAGCAGCUCUGUUCUACCUCAGUGCUGCUGUGUUGGAGGCCUACUUCACCUAUGCCAUUGGUACAGUUUCUGACACUCCUUCGCUACUGCCCAUCUACCAGGAGAACAUUGCUGCUGUGGUAUUUGCCUUCUUAGCUACCCUGAUGUAUGUGAUCCAUAAGAUAUUCUCCCUCCUGCGAAUGAAAUCAUCCUAA